AGAAUAAGGGCUUUGAAAGCUCUGUGUUUACCCUUUUUCUAUCGCGAUGGCCAUGCGGACUGCGCGGGGGUGUUCCAAGAAACUGCUUAGCUCAGAAAAGUGGGCGAAUCUAAUUCGAACUUGACUUUGAAAGACAGCUCUUCUUCAUUAUUUCAUAAAUUUAUGUCAGGUAGUAAUAUUCAUCCCUGAUCGCGGAAAUGGAAUUUAUCUGAGUUUUGCUUAAGAAUAUGUGCAUCUCGAUCUGUCUAUCGCCAUGGGAAUGUUGUCUUCUUUCGGAUUUAACCCGUGAAGAUGGAUAUUUGAUGUUUAUAAACAUACGGAAUGAAAACCCAACAAAGUCUGCGACCAACCCCACCCGCUCUUGCUCGAUAUAAGGAAAGGGAUUCGUCUCCUACCCCUCGUGUUGCGGACAGGUUCACCACUAUGGAGAAACAUCGUCCAAUCUGGUCCAGAGGUCUCACCGCUACGGAACUGGACCGGCGACAGGAACAGGCCCGUGUGAUGAACCACGGUCACCAGGUACUUCUUGAAUCCAAGCUGGGGAAACUGGACCUGAGGGAGAAACGAUCUGUAAAAGACAUCCGACGUAAGACCGAGAACAUGCUAGAGCUCCUGCAGAACAUCCAGACAUCCACCCCGAGGCUUGGUCCAUCCGAAAGGCCAGGAUCAACGGUGGCCACUGGAGGUCUUCGUGUCCCUACACCACCGUCAGGAGACAGGUCACCGCGGAUGAUUCCGAGCCAGCAACGAGUUCACGUGUGGGAGGAAUCAUCUUCGAGUGGAGAGAGUCCGGAACACGACGAAAAUUCCUUGACGUCAAGGUCAUCGAUGCAGGACUUUCAUUUGCCACGCUUGAAGUCGAACCCUGCAACUCCCAAGUAUAACACACGACGACGUUACAGUGCUAAUGACGCCUUGACACAGUCCAUCGAACGAUUCAAUGUCUUAAAAUCUAAUCUGGGUAGAUUUCCUUCAAGUGAAGCCAUAGAGGAGAAUGAUGAUUUUGUCCGACCCCACUCAACCCAGAGGACGGGUCGUGAGAGCCGUCGAAACUCACACCAAAUAUUACAAGUGGAUGUAGAUGAGGGGAACUACGGAGGCUCAAGAUCACUCUCUAGUUCGAGGAAUGAUCUGGAAUCCAUCUCAAGUCAACGAGAUCAAGGUGAUGAACGACGAUCCUGCGUAAGCUUCGAGGAUCAGGGUCGCAGGCUUUCUUUGAGACAGUUAUCCAAAGGCACUUCUGAUGAUAGUGAUAAUGAUGUAUUUUAUGGUUCUCCGUCAAAUUACGAGAUAGACGCUAUUAACUCGGCCAACAACAAUCCUUCAAAGCCUUCUACAACGCCACCCAUUUCGCGCAGUCUAUCAGUCUUAGCUCCAGAAUUCUUGCCCAUCAUCAGAGUUCAGACUAGGAGCGAAAGACGAACAGACAAGGACAAUGAUGACGAUAACGAAAACGACGACGAGGAUGGAAAUCAUAUCGAAGAUGUGUCCAUAGUCAUUCCUUUCCACCAAAAAACCGAACGAUCGUUACGCAUGGCGAGGCGGAAAUCGCUGGCGGUUAAGCCGGCGACAUUCAGAAACUUAGACAAUCGCCGGAACUCCUCCCCAGAUGUCUUGGUGUCCACAGUAGCUCUGAAUCAGAGGUUGCUCCUAAGAUCAAGGCAGAUGCCAAACAAGAGUCUCCCAAGCUCGCCGAGGUGCAAGAGAGGGGAGAACGAAGAUCUACAACUGAAGAUUAAAAACUUUCUCGAUAAAACAGAAUCCUUCAUUCAGUCAACGGACCGAUCAGAGAAGGAUAAUUAUGAUUGAUAUGGCGUGGGUCCUUAACGUAAAAUUCGAAAACUGUUUAUACAUGUCAACGUUUUGCCAACAAGCUAAUUGUGAUGCAAGGAUUUAGUCCUAGUACAUUUUGAUAUGACGUCAGCGAACUUAUUGAUCAGUGCGUUUUUGUGAAACGUUACAAUUAUGUUGUCACCGACACUGACGCUCUAGUAAAUAUCUGCACGUUUGGAGGUGGAUCCUGCCGAAUUGGGUGCAACGUCAUAUUAGGGCUCGUACUAUUUGUACACAAUAGUAGAUCCCCUCUAAACUUCUGUGAGUAAUCCGGCUAGAUCCGCCUCUAUAUAACCCCCCCCCCAUAAAACUUUCAAAUUAAAAAAUCUAACUAUCAGAAUACCUAUUUUGCAUCAACAUAUAUUCUACCUUCAUUAUGUUCGUGAUGAUCUUGGGUUAUUUCUUGUUGUAAAUACUAGUUUUAGGUAUGAACAGUACAUUCAGUUAUUCUGAAUCUGAAGGCUAAUUUAAACAUUGCUAGACCUAGAUAUAUGUAAUAGAUCUCGUCGGACUAAAUAAAUUAAAUGGCCCGUAUUCUGAAGUCAGGUUUAACUUAAACUCAG